GCUCAAGUGAGAAAGGCAUAUACACUCUUCAAAACAUCUCCUCUCUCUCUCUCUCUCUAUACCAUUAUUCUCAUUCAUAAGGAGCUAGCUAGUCAACGAGAAAGAGAAACCCUAAAAGAAGAAGAUCAGAAAGACUAAUUGGUCCAACAUCCACAACAAAUCUCACCCUUCAAGGAGCAAAAUCUCACCUUCAUUCCACAAUGGACAUAGUUUCAGAGCCAAUCACCAAAAAUCCCCCCAUCACCUUUGAAACCCCCAUAAUCAACAGCUCCACAAGUUCCAUGAUCACUCCAUCAUCCUCAGCAAUAUCUCCAGCCACAACCGCCGACUCCAUUUCAACUCCAACUCCAAGCCGCUAUGAAAACCAAAAGCGGCGCGACUGGAACACCUUCUGCCAGUACCUCCGGAACCACAGGCCUCCGCUGUCUUUGCCGAUGUGCAGCGGGGCCCAUGUUCUCGAGUUCCUCCGGUAUCUGGAUCAGUUUGGCAAGACCAAGAUCCACAACCAGACCUGUCCCUUCUUCGGCCUCCCCAACCCACCAGCACCCUGCCCCUGCCCGCUCCGGCAGGCCUGGGGUAGCCUCGAUGCCCUCAUCGGCCGCCUUAGAGCGGCUUAUGAGGAGCACGGCGGGAGGCCGGAGGCCAACCCCUUUGGAGCGAGGGCUGUGAGGCUCUACUUGCGUGAGGUUCGUGAUUUCCAGGCCAAGGCAAGAGGGGUGAGUUAUGAGAAGAAGAGGAAGAGGCCCAACAACAAUAAUAAUAGUAAUAACAAUAAGCCAAAACCAAACAUGAAUGCCAUGCUCAUCGCAAGUAGUGCUGCUUCUUCAACAACAACAACUACAAGUUAAUCAGUGGUCGGUCGGGCUCUGAGAGGGUAUAUUUCUCUCCCCUAUCCUCUCUACUUUAGUUCCGUUUUACCUUUGCACAAAAAAGGAAAGAUCUUAUGAACUCUUUUGUGAUAUGUUGUUGAAAUGUUGAAGUGCUUUUUUUCUGUGUCUGAAAAAAAAACCCCUAUAGUUUUGGGGUUUGGGCCUCUUGGACCUUGGCCCUUUUCUUCUGAUCUGGCUGGGGGGGUAUCUAGCUUUCUAGCUAGCUCUGAAACUGAAUGGUGAAAUUAUUACUAGAGGAGAGUGAGAGUGUUGGGGAAAAUGGCAUCGGAAGAGCUGUGGGUGGCAGUGUAUUUACUCGCUGGCAAAGUAGGUAGCAGAUAUUAUGAUAUGAUUGUACUUGAAGCACAAUAUGAGAUCAUCAUCAUCAAUGAAUUAAUAGUAGACUGUUU